CUUCCCGUGAAUGCUCUCUACCCAGGAAGUCGUCGUGUUACUUCUCCUCCUCCUCCUCCUCCUCCGCCUCUUCCAGUCUUGUGAGAGACAGGAGAAACUAAAGGGGUGUUAAGUUGAUUUGAUAGCCGGGAAACUAGCAAGAGAAUAGUUUCACAUCGGCUCCUCACCGUCCUCUUGGCUCCGGUCGUUUAAAUUUGCUUGUUGUCAUCGAAGAAAUGGCCACAAAAAGGAGACACGCGCAAAGGAUGAAAGAGGAUAUUGAAAGUUGAGGAUCUGUCAGAUGAGUCCAGUCCAAGAUGAGUCCUGUCCAUAUUCACCCUCAUUGACACUGCAUUGUGUCCUUAUAACUUUAAUAGCUUCACGACCCUGUCCUCCUGAAACCACCCCCUUCCCUCUGAGUUUCUGGGCCAUGCUCCGCAAACGAAGCUCUCUCAUUCUUUGCGGUACGUUCCUGUUUAUCACCUGGAACGCCAUACUAGUGCUGCUGCUGUGGGGCAGAACCCCACCCGGCCAGCCGGGCCAGCCUGGCGAGCCUGGCCGAGAGAAGAGCAAAGUGGCUGAAACGCCCACUAAUGAUGUGGUGGGAGAUGUGCUCCGAAUGGCAGACACGUUCGAAGCAGAGCUUGAAAUGCAGAAGCAAAUCCUGCUGCAGAUCAAGAAUCAGCAGUCAUUGUGGGAGUCGCCUAACAGAAAUGGACCGAAGGUUGUCGUCCCAAGUCAGUUUGUUAUUCCUAUCGUGGUAAUCGCCUGUAACAGGGUCACCGUGAGGCGCUGCUUGGACAAACUCCUGGAGCUCCGUCCUUCAGCAGAGCUCUUCCCAAUCAUAGUGAGUCAGGACUGUGGACACGCUGAAACUUCUGAGGUGAUCCAUUCUUAUGGAAACCAAGUCAUUCAUCUGAAACAACCGGACUUGUCAGAUGUCGCUGUGCGACCAGGGCACAAGAAGUUUCAGGGGUACUAUAAAAUCUCCAGACAUUACCGCUGGGCUCUCAACCAAGUGUUCAAGACCCUCUCUCAUUCCUCUGCUGUGAUUGUCGAGGAUGACCUGGAGGUGGCGCCAGACUUCUUUGAGUACUUCCAAGCCUUGCUGCCGCUCCUAAAAUCCGAUCCCAGUCUUUGGUGUGUGUCGGCCUGGAAUGACAAUGGCCGGGAUGGCUACGUGGAUCCAGGUAUGGCUAAUCUGCUCUACAGGACAGACUUCUUUCCCGGUCUGGGCUGGAUGCUCCUCAGAGAGGUGUGGGAAGAGCUGGAGCCUAAGUGGCCAGCAUCCUUCUGGGACGACUGGAUGCGUCAGCCAGAGCAACGCCGCAACCGUGCCUGUAUCCGCCCAGAGAUCUCACGAACCUUAACCUUUGGCCGGAAAGGAGUGAGUCUAGGUCAGUUUUAUGACAAAUACCUGCGAUACAUUAAACUAAAUACCGAAUUUGUGCCUUUCACCAAGUUAGACUUGAGUUACUUGAAGGAGGAGAACUACAGAGAACAGUUUGAGAAGGAAGUUUACAGUGCUUCUGUGGUUACAUAUGAAGAUGUUAAGCAGGGGCAGCUAAAAGGAACAGGGCCCUUCCGUCUUCAGUACUCGAGUAAGGACAGUUUUAAAGUGAUGGCCAAAAACCUGGGAGUCAUGGAUGACUUGAAGUCUGGAGUCCCAAGGGCAGGAUACAGAGGGGUUGUCAGUUUCAUAUCAAGAGGACGGAGAAUCUUCUUAGCCCCUCCUCCAGGAUGGGCCCGUUAUGAUCCCACUUGGAGCUGAUGAUCCAGAAUGUUAAUGUGCAUUAGCCUUUUUGUAAUCUCUGAAUAUCCAUCGGGGAACACAUUUCAGACCAAAGACUGAUGUCUUUAAAGUUUAUCUUUGAUUGAAUGAUAUCUACUUUAGAUUAAUGACUGACUGUGAUAAUGCAGAAUGAAUUUCCCCCUUUCUGGUGUUGGGGUUAUUGCCAAUGCUACUCAGGUCUUUUCCAUUAUUCCAAAAUAUUUCUUACAGUGUAGGGUACAGCCUUAGACAAGACUGCUGUAAUUCACCAGAGAUUUAUUUUUAUAUUCUGCUAAUUGUGCACAUGACACUCAUUAAUGCAUUCAAUGCAAUUACCUAGUUUGCCACUUUUGUUUUAAAUUAUUUGCAAUUUCUGGUAGCCUAUGUGAAUUGUUUAUGUCCGGUACAAAUAUGAAAAUAUAAUCUGUGGUAUAGUUGUUUAUGGUUAUUGGUCAUAACUGCAGUAUAAUACGUCAUUUGAUUCUCUUUUUAUGUCUUCCAUGAAAAUCAGUUCUUCCUGCUUACAUUUGAAUGUCAGAUCAUUUUCUUGAAUGAUUCUCCAAUGUAGUACACUUUGCAGGUUUUUACUUGUGUUUGUAUAUUUUUGGAAUAAAAAACAAACAAUGAA